CGGUUGAUCUCUCUCUCUCUCUCUCUCUCUCUCUCUCUCUCUCUAAUCUCUCUUCGUCGUCGUCUUCCUCCUCAGAACUAUGGCGGGGAAGGGAGAGGGACCGGCCAUCGGGAUCGACCUAGGCACGACCUACUCGUGUGUCGGGGUGUGGCAACACGAUCGCGUGGAGAUCAUCGCCAAUGACCAGGGGAAUCGCACCACCCCCUCCUACGUCGCCUUCACCGACAGCGAGCGGCUCAUCGGCGACGCCGCCAAGAACCAGGUCGCCAUGAACCCCACCAACACCGUCUUCGAUGCCAAGCGCCUUAUUGGCCGCCGCUUCUCUGACGCCCCGGUUCAGAGCGACAUCAAACUGUGGCCCUUCAAGGUCGUGGCGGGUCCAGGUGACAAGCCCAUGAUCGUCGUCCAAUACAAGGGCGAGGAGAAGCAAUUUGCCGCUGAAGAGAUCUCCUCCAUGGUCUUGAUGAAAAUGCGUGAAAUCGCUGAGGCAUACCUUAGCUCCACCAUCAAGAAUGCUGUUGUUACUGUCCCUGCCUAUUUCAACGACUCCCAGCGCCAGGCCACCAAGGAUGCUGGUGUCAUUGCUGGUUUGAAUGUUAUGAGAAUUAUUAAUGAGCCCACCGCUGCCGCCAUUGCCUAUGGCCUCGAUAAGAAGGCCGAAAGCGUUGGUGAAAAGAAUGUUCUCAUCUUCGAUCUUGGUGGUGGUACAUUUGAUGUUUCACUUCUUACCAUUGAGGAGGGAAUUUUUGAGGUCAAGGCUACAGCCGGUGACACCCACCUCGGCGGUGAGGACUUUGACAACCGGAUGGUCAACCACUUCGUGCAAGAAUUUAAGAGGAAGCAUAAGAAGGACAUUACUGGAAACCCUAGGGCUCUCCGUAGGUUGAGAACCUCAUGUGAGAGGGCUAAGAGGACUCUCUCCUCCACUGCUCAAACCACGAUUGAGAUUGAUUCUUUGUAUGAAGGCGUUGACUUCUACUCUACGAUUACACGGGCUCGGUUUGAAGAGCUCAACAUGGACCUGUUCCGCAAAUGCAUGGAGCCGGUCGAGAAGUGCUUAAGAGAUGCCAAGAUGGAUAAAAGCACCGUUCACGACGUUGUCCUUGUUGGUGGCUCCACCAGGAUUCCUAGGGUCCAACAGCUUCUCCAAGACUUCUUCAAUGGAAAGGAGCUUUGCAAAAGCAUCAAUCCUGAUGAAGCUGUUGCCUAUGGGGCGGCAGUCCAGGCCGCUAUCUUAUCUGGCGAAGGCAAUGAAAAAGUGCAGGACCUUCUCUUAUUGGAUGUUACCCCGCUGUCCCUGGGGCUGGAGACAGCCGGUGGUGUUAUGACAGUUCUUAUCCCAAGGAAUACCACUAUUCCUACUAAAAAGGAGCAAGUCUUCUCUACUUACUCUGAUAACCAGCCUGGUGUGUUGAUCCAGGUCUACGAAGGUGAGCGUACCCGGACCAGGGAUAACAAUUUGCUCGGAAAAUUUGAGCUAUCUGGCAUCCCCCCUGCCCCACGUGGUGUCCCACAGAUCACCGUCUGCUUUGACAUUGAUGCAAACGGUAUAUUAAACGUCUCGGCUGAGGAUAAGACCACCGGGCAAAAGAACAAAAUCACGAUCACGAACGACAAGGGUAGGUUGAGUAAGGAUGAGAUUGAGAAGAUGGUGCAGGACGCAGAGAAGUACAAGUCAGAGGACGAGGAGCACAAGAAGAAGGUGGAGUCCAAGAAUGCGCUGGAGAACUAUGCAUACAACAUGCGUAACACGGUGAAGGAUGAGAAGAUAUCCUCGAAGUUGAGUGCGGCGGACAAGAAGAAGAUUGAGGAUGCAAUCGAGCAGGCGAUCCAGUGGUUGGACGGGAACCAGCUCGCUGAAGCUGAUGAGUUUGAGGAUAAGAUGAAGGAGCUGGAGGGGAUAUGCAACCCCAUCAUUGCGAAAAUGUACCAGGGUGCGGGUGCCGAUGCUGAAGGCAGGAUGGACGAGGAUGGCCCAUCUGCCGGCGGCAGUGGUGCUGGGCCGAAGAUUGAGGAGGUUGACUAAAAAGGCGGUCUCGUCUCACAUCCUUUUAGUUGAUGGGUGGUAUUGCGCGCGUGGUUGAGUUCGCAUUGAUUGCGAAUCAUUUUGGGUCAUGGUUCUUUGUCAUGGACCAUGAAUUUAUGAUUGUUAGGAACAUGCUAAUUUUUUUUCCUUCUAUCUUGCUGCCUUUGUUUUAGACAUACGCACUUGAUGUGCAACAAAUCAUUUUGGUUUAGGAAUUGUAAUUUUGAUAUGGUAUUUUAAAUUUUUCUGCUUCUUGGAUAAUUGUGUUACACUUUA